AUGGACGAGGAUGGACCGCGAACGGCCGACGAGGAGCCGGAGCCGGGAAGAGCCAAGACUUUCAUCCGCCUUAACGACCUGUCCGGGGCCGGGAGCUGCCCGGGGCCGGGGGAGCGGGAGGUCGGCAGCGGCGAUUCGGAGGCGGAGGCGCUGCCUUACCCGGCGUUGGCCCCCGUCGUCUUCUUCUACCUGAGCCAAGAGAGCCGGCCGCGGAGCUGGUGCCUCCGCCUGGUCUGUAAUCCCUGGUUUGAGCGUGUGAGCAUGCUGGUGAUCCUGCUCAACUGUGUGACGCUGGGCAUGUUCCACCCCUGCGAGGACAUCGCCUGCGACUCCCCGCGCUGCCGCAUCCUGCAGAGCUUUGAUGACUUCAUCUUUGCCUUCUUCGCCGUGGAGAUGAUAGUCAAGAUGAUCGCGCUGGGGAUCUUUGGGAAGAAAUGCUACCUGGGAGACACGUGGAACCGCCUGGACUUCUUCAUUGUCAUUGCAGGGAUGUUGGAGUACUCGCUGGACCUGCAGAACGUCAGCUUCUCAGCGGUGCGCACUGUCCGCGUCCUGCGGCCGCUCCGGGCCAUUAACAGAGUCCCCAGUAUGCGCAUCCUGGUGACGCUGCUGCUGGACACGCUGCCCAUGCUGGGGAACGUCCUCCUGCUCUGCUUCUUCGUCUUCUUCAUCUUCGGCAUCGUGGGGGUCCAGCUGUGGGCAGGAUUGCUCAGGAAUCGCUGCUUCCUCCCUGAGAACUUCAGCAUCCCCUACACAGUGGAUCUGGAGCGGUACUACCAGACCGAGAAUGAGGAUGAGAACCCCUUCAUCUGCUCCCAACCCCGCGAGAAUGGGAUGCGCUACUGCCGGAGCAUCCCGACGCGCAGGGAGGAGGGCCUGGAGUGCACCCUGGAUUACUACGCCUACAACGACACCACCAACACGUCCUGUGUCAACUGGAACCAGUAUUACACCAACUGCUCUGCCGGGGAGCACAACCCCUUCAAGGGCGCUAUCAACUUUGAUAACAUCGGCUAUGCCUGGAUUGCAAUAUUUCAGGUCAUCACACUGGAGGGCUGGGUGGACAUCAUGUACUUCGUCAUGGAUGCACACUCCUUCUACAACUUCAUCUACUUCAUCCUGCUGAUCAUCGUGGGCUCCUUCUUCAUGAUCAACCUCUGCCUGGUGGUGAUAGCCACACAGUUCUCCGAGACGAAGCAGCGCGAGAGCCAGCUGAUGAAGGAGCAGCGGGUGCGCUACCUGUCCAACGCCAGCACACUGGCCAGCUUCUCGGAGCCGGGCAGCUGCUACGACGAGCUCCUCAAGUACCUGGUGUACAUCGCCCGGAAGGGCAGCAAGCAGCUGGUGGAGCUCUACCGGGUGGCGGGUGUGAGGAUGGGCUUCCUGGCCAGCCCUGCCAGCAAAACGGGGGCUGAGCGGCACGCUGGCAAGCGUCGCUCCAGGAGGAGGAGGUCCUCGGUGCACCACCUCAUCCACCACCACCACCACCACCACCACCACUACCACCUGGGCAAUGGCAACCUGCGGGCGCCCCACGCCAGCCCGGAGAUCAGCGACGUGGACACCGGCUCUCUCCACAACGGGACCAACCGGCUGAUGCUUCCCCCAUCGGCCCCAAACCCCCACGUGGCUCCCACCGCCACGGCCAGCGGCACUGAAUCCGUCCAUAGCAUCUACCACGCCGACUGCCACGUGGAGCCGGUGCGCUGCCGGGCAGCCCUCCCACAGCCGAGCCCAGAGGACGUCCCCAGGAGCGCGGUGAUGGGCAGCAAGGUGUACCCCACGGUGCACCCCAGCACCUCCCAUGAGGUGCGGAAGGAGAAGAGCCUGGGGGAGGCGGCAGCGGGGGCUGGCAGCAGCACGCUGAGUGGGCUGAACAUCCCGCCUGGGCCCUACAGCACCAUGCACAAGCUGCUGGAGACGCAGAGCACGGGGUUCCUUUCAGUCCACGUUACAGAUAAAGGGGAUGGAUUUCGAGGUCCCUGCCCAAGCUCCUGCAAGAUUGCCAGCCCCUGCACCAAGCUGGACGGCAGCUCCCGCAGCCCCGAGAGCUGCCCCUACUGCCUGAAGGCAUUGGCCAACGAGGCCGAGCAGACAGACAACGAGACAGACUCGGACAGCGAGGGUGUGUACGAGUUCACACAGGAUGCCCACUACAGCGACCAGCGGGACCCACAGCGCGGCCGAGCCUGGGCCAGGAGCAGCAGCCGGGUGCUGGCCUUCUGGCGUGUGGUGUGCGAGACCUUCCGGAAAAUCGUGGACAGCAAAUAUUUCGGCCGUGGAAUCAUGGUGGCCAUCCUCAUCAACACGCUCAGCAUGGGCAUCGAGUACCACGAGCAGCCGGAGGAGCUCACCAACGCCUUGGAGAUCAGCAACAUCGUCUUCACGAGCCUCUUUGCCCUGGAGAUGCUGCUCAAAGUCCUCGUUUACGGCCCCUUUGGCUACAUUAAGAACCCAUACAACAUCUUUGAUGGGAUCAUCGUGGUGAUUAGCGUGUGGGAGAUCGUGGGGCAGCAAGGCGGGGGGCUCUCAGUGCUGCGGACCUUCCGGCUCAUGCGGGUUCUGAAGCUGGUGCGCUUCAUGCCAGCCCUGCAGCGGCAGCUUGUUGUCCUCAUGAAGACCAUGGACAAUGUGGCCACCUUCUGCAUGCUGCUGAUGCUCUUCAUCUUCAUAUUUAGCAUUCUGGGGAUGCACCUCUUUGGCUGCAAGUUCGCUUCCGAGCGGGACGGCGACACUCUGCCCGACAGGAAGAACUUCGACUCCUUGCUCUGGGCCAUCGUCACCGUUUUCCAGAUUUUGACCCAGGAAGACUGGAACAAGGUCCUCUACAACGGCAUGGCAUCCACCUCCUCCUGGGCAGCACUCUACUUCAUUGCCCUCAUGACGUUUGGGAAUUACGUUCUCUUCAACCUGCUGGUGGCCAUCCUGGUGGAGGGUUUCCAGACGGAGGGGGAUGCGUCCAAAUCCGACUCAGAGGGCGAGCUCUUCCUCCGCAGCCUGGAAGAGGAGGGUGGACUGAAGAAAAACUUGUCAAACCCAGUCUUGGUGGCCCUGAGCGAGCACCCAGAGCUGAAGAAAAGCCUCACCCCACCGCUCAUCAUCCACACUGCAGCCACGCCGAUGCCCAUGCCCAAGAGCGCCGUGUUUGGGGACGCAGCGCAAGGCUAUGAGUCGCGCCGGGCCAGUGGCGUCUCCAUGGACCCUGCUGCCUACGAGCUCAAAUCCCUGCCCAGCGCCCGCAGCUCCCCACACAGCCCCUGGAGCGCCGGCAGCAGCUGGCCCAGCCGCCGCUCCAGCUGGAACAGCAUCGGCCGGGCGCCCAGCCUCAAGCGGCGCGGCCAGAGCGGCGAGCGCAGGUCCCUGCUGUCCGGGGAGGGCAAGGAGAGCUCAGAAGAUGGGGAGAGCUCGGAUGAGGAGCAUUCCAGCCGGGCCGGCAGCGUCAACGGCUCCUUACCUCAUCGCAUGGAGUCGCUGGAAGCAAAGGGCUCCUUUGACCUCCAGGACACCCUGCAGGUGCCUUCGCUGUAUCGGACGGGCAGUGUGCACAGCACUCGCACCUCUGCCUCCGAGCACCAGGACUGCAAUGGGAAAACCUCUCCCAGCCUACUGGUCCAUCAGCUCCACCUGGACGACCCUCGGCCAGACUGCGACGAUGCUGAUGAUGAAGGCAACAUGAGCAAAAGGGACCGCAUGAAGGCCUGGGUACGGGCACAUCUCCCCACCUGCUGCAAGGAGAGGGAAUCCUGGUCCAUCUAUGUCUUCGCUCCUCAUUCCAGGUUCCGUCUGAUGUGCAAUAAAAUCAUCACGCACAAGAUGUUUGAUCACAUCGUUUUGGUGAUCAUCUUCCUCAACUGCAUCACCAUCGCCAUGGAACGACCCAAAAUCGAGCCUCACAGCGCUGAACGGAUCUUCCUAACGCUCUCUAACUACAUCUUCACAGUGAUCUUCCUGACUGAGAUGACAGUUAAGGUGGUUGCACUGGGAUUGUGUUUUGGGGAGAAAGCCUACCUGAAGAGCAGCUGGAACGUUCUGGAUGGGGUGCUGGUCCUCAUCUCCGUCAUCGACAUCCUCGUCUCAAUGGUGUCAGACAGCGGCACGAAAAUCCUGGGGAUGCUGAGGGUGCUGAGGCUGCUGAGGACACUGCGGCCCUUAAGAGUCAUUAGUCGAGCCCAAGGACUGAAGCUGGUGGUGGAGACACUCAUGUCAUCCCUGAAGCCCAUUGGGAACAUUGUGGUCAUCUGCUGUGCCUUUUUCAUAAUCUUUGGGAUCCUGGGAGUUCAGCUUUUCAAAGGCAAGUUUUUUAUCUGCCAGGGGGAGGACACCAGAAACAUCACAAAUAAAUCGGAUUGUGCAGAAGCAAGCUACAAAUGGGUCCGGCACAAGUAUAAUUUUGAUAAUCUCGGCCAGGCCCUGAUGUCUCUCUUCGUGCUGGCCUCCAAGGAUGGCUGGGUGGAUAUCAUGUACGACGGCCUGGAUGCAGUGGGAGUUGACCAGCAGCCAGUCAUGAACUACAACCCGUGGAUGCUCCUCUACUUUAUCUCCUUCCUGCUCAUCGUGGCCUUCUUCGUGCUCAACAUGUUCGUGGGGGUCGUGGUGGAGAACUUCCACAAGUGUCGGCAGCACCAGGAGGAAGAAGAAGCCAAGAGGAGGGAGGAGAAGAGGCUUCGCCGGCUGGAGAAAAAGAGAAGGAAUCUAAUGCUGGAUGAUGUGUUAAUGGAGAGCACAGCCAGCGCGGUGCCAGAAGCACAGUGCAAGCCCUACUAUUCGGAUUACUCCCGCUUCCGCUUCCUGAUCCACCAGAUGUGCACCAGCCAUUACCUGGAUUUGUUCAUCACCGGCGUCAUCGGCCUCAACGUGAUCACCAUGGCCAUGGAGCACUACCAGCAGCCCAAGGUUCUCGACGAAGCCCUGAAGAUUUGCAAUUACAUCUUCACCGUUAUCUUUGUCCUGGAGUCUGUUUCCAAGCUCAUUGCCUUCGGGUUCCGUCGCUUCUUCCAAGACAGAUGGAACCAGUUAGAUCUGGCAAUUGUGCUGCUGUCUAUCAUGGGUAUCACUUUGGAAGAGAUUGAGGUGAAUGCUUCGCUCCCAAUUAACCCCACUAUUAUCCGAAUCAUGAGGGUUCUCAGGAUUGCUCGAGUGCUGAAGCUGCUGAAGAUGGCUGUAGGGAUGAGGGCUCUGCUGGACACCGUGAUGCAAGCGCUGCCCCAGGUGGGGAAUCUGGGUCUUCUCUUCAUGUUGUUGUUUUUCAUAUUUGCAGCUCUUGGAGUGGAGCUCUUUGGCGACCUGGAGUGCGAUGACACACACCCCUGUGAGGGGCUGGGCCGACACGCCACCUUCCGCAACUUCGGGAUGGCCUUCCUCACCCUGUUCCGCGUCUCCACUGGGGACAACUGGAACGGGAUAAUGAAGGACACCCUGCGAGACUGCGACCAGGAAUCCACCUGCUACAACACCGUCAUCUCGCCCAUCUACUUCGUCUCCUUCGUGCUGACGGCCCAGUUUGUCCUGGUGAAUGUGGUGAUAGCCGUGCUCAUGAAGCACCUGGAGGAGAGCAACAAGGAGGCUAAAGAGGAGGCAGAGCUCGAGGCAGAACUGGAGAUGGAGAUGAAGACCAUCAGCCCUGGGCAGCACAGCCCCUCGGACAUCUUCACGUGGAUGGGCGGCGUUGGUGGCGAGAGGCCCGAGAGCCCCCGUGGAUGCCCCCAUCCCCUGCAAAUCAAGGUGGAUUCUCAGCUCUCGUUAGUUUACCCUAUGGAAAGGCACUUGUUUGAUACCAUAUCCCUGCUGAUCCAGGAGUCUCUGGAAGGAGAGCUGAAGCUGAUGGACAACCUGUCAGGCUCUGUGUGCCAUCACUAUGCCCUCCCUGCUCCCGAGUAUUACAGCUCUGAGAACCAGAUCCCUCUAGCUGAGAUGGAGGCUCUGUCUCUGACGUCAGAUAUUCUCUCUGAAAAGUCCUGGUCCUUAGCUCUGACGGAUGACUCUUUUCCUGAUGACACUAACACACUCUUACUUAAUGCUCUGGAAAGCAAUCUGCGCUGCAGGGACGCCGCGCUGACGCCGUCCCCCUGCCAGGACCUGCUGAGCGUCAGGAAGCCGUCGGUGGGCCGCACGCACUCCCUGCCCAACGACAGCUACAUGUUCCACGCGGCCCAGCCGCGCUGCCGGCCCAGCACUGCCUCCCUGCGCCACGGCAGCCCGGCGCAGCGCAAAGCGCACUCAGGUUCAAAGGCGUCGGUGCAGUCGCAGCCAGCAGACACCAGCUCUCUCCUGCAAAUUCCAAAAGACCAUUUCCACCAUGUGAGAGCUCGCGAUCCAUUGGUCAGGGAGGGAAAAGCCCCGGCGGCUGCCCCCAUGCACUCCCCUUCUGCAGAGAGGCUGCUCCGCAGGCAGAUGGCCAUAAGGAACGACUCUUCGGACAGCAAGGAGAACCUCCCCGCCGAGCUGAGUGAGCUCCCCGACCCCGAUAUCCCCAGCACGCCCCAGGAGGAGUCACCAGCUGCUCCGACCCCCUCAGAAGGAGAAGAUUUGGCUGCGUGGAGCCGGGCAAGCGUUCACACACAGCAGCAUUCCCACAAUCAAUACAACGUUUCAAAGCAGGCACCAGCAUCGUGUGCUUGUGCGGACUCUUAUCAGGAGACGCCUGGAGACUCAAUGGACCAAGAAGUGUCUGAAACAAACAGCUCCUCGGAGCCCUUCCCUUCUGAAACUUGCACAGCCUCGAGUGCCUGUUCAGAGGCACAGCCUCUCACUCCUAAGAGGAGCAUUGGCAAUACCGGCAGUGUUACGUUGAAGGACCUGAAGAAAUACCACAGUGUUGACACCCAAGGUCUUCUAAAAAAACCACCCUCUUGGUUGGAUGAUCAAAGGAGACAUUCGAUAGAAAUCUGCUCCAUGGAAAACAGCCCUCAGCACCAUUCCACAUCUAGCUCCUCUGGCUUCAUAAGUCAAGUGGUAAGUGAAAUGGAAGGCUUGCAAGGAACUCGGCAGAAGAAAAAGCUGAGUCCUCCGUGUAUAUCUAUAGACCCACCCAGUGAACAAGGCUUGCUGCCCAGAGGACCUCACAGCAUCUCACCUGCCAGAGGAGACACCUGCCUGAGGCGGCGCGCUCCGUCCUGCGAUUCCAAGGACUCGAUGGAUAUUGGGGAUUCGUUGCUUCCAGACAGCAUGUCAGCAUCUCCUACCCCAAAGAAAGACUUGUUGACACUUCCUAGCUUUUCCUUUGAUCAGAAUGAGAUGGAGCCCUGAGUUACUUUUCUGUUGGUGCCAAAUGUUUUCUUCCUGUCAUGUAAUAGAAAAACAAAACAGAAAAAAGGAAAACAAACGAAAAAAGAACUGUAUUCCAAAAUGGCACUGGGUAAAAUAUUUCCAAAGAAGGAUUAAAGAACCAGCUGGUUAAAGGAGGGGUUAACCUAUAUCACGCUUACUUAAGCAUACGUUCUGCUUAGGUAAAAGCAAUACAAUGUGCAGAAUCUAUAUGUAUAUUAUAUUUUAUUAAAUUAAUUGAAUCUAGUAUUGCGAGAUGUAGUACAUUUUGUGACUAAAGACUCGUUUGAUUUUCCUCUAUUUUAUGUGUCUCAGAAUAUUUCUGAGAUCAGGUGGGUUUAUAUGAACAUUUUAACCUCAAAAAUAUAUAUUUGAUCCCUUCUCUUUUUUUUUCUUUUGUUUCGUUUGGGUUUCAUUUUGUUUUGCAAAGCACAAAAUGUAGCCAAUUAGUGCAUUACGGAGGAAACGUAUCCCACAGUCAGCAGUAAAUAAGAAUUAUUUAAUGUAAUUUAUUUUUCCCCUUGGACUCGAGUCAUUUUCUGGAGAAUACAAAAAUGCGGUAGCGUUCUUUUCUGACAAAAUGAAUUCCCACUCUUGCAUAAAAUCGGCAUCCAGAGGAAAAGCAAGUGCACAAAGCAGGAGCGUGCAGCGCCGAGGGCUGGGAGCGCAGAGCCGGCCGAGCUGCAGCGGGAGCUGCGCGGUGCUGACUUGGAAUGGGCUGUUUUGGAGCUUUGGAUCGUCUGCGGGUGAUUCACAGAAUCACAUCCGUGAUCAUCGGUGGUGGUUUUGCUGUGUGCCUCGGGAAGCCAGCACAGCUGCCUGCAGGGCCUGCUCAGCAGCGCGGUGUCUCGGGCUGUUUCUGCAGUGCAGCCCGUUGCCCCACUGCCCUGCUGAGAGCUGUGCUGAGGUCGUUAAGUCAUUGUUUGAAAUUGCUGUUGAACAGAAGGGAGGCCUGCUGCAGUUGGCAAGUUGUCUUACAGAGUGCGUGUGAGGAGGUCUUGUCGGUACCGAAAUGUUUGCUGGUUUUCAGCAGAAGUUUUUCCUGUCACUGCUGGAGUUAAUUCACGUGAAGAACCUGAUGGAAGUUUUAUUUCCAACCUAGUAAAGCCCGUAAGCAGCAACUUUGUGCUGCAAAGCGUGCAGAAAUGGAAGCCUUCAUAGUCCUUCAUGUGUCCUUCAUAGCCUUCCUUAGUGUCAGCCAUCUCCAAGCGGUCCGUUCUGUGCUGCUGGCAGAGCCUGAAGCCAUGGGGAUGCUGGGGACGCCCUGUGUGCCUCAGCCCGCUGCUCACAGGGCUGACAGGAGGCAGACGUGGAGCUGAGAGGACUCCCCAGAUGGGGGUGAGGUGUGGGCUAAACAGGGCCUCGGAGGCACGGCUGUAAGUAUGCAACCAGCUGCAGCCCUCACAGGGAGACUUUGCUAGCUUCUCUCCUUGAACCCACACAAGCCUGUUGGCUUUGACCUCCUUUACUGCCACCUGAGGAACUUUCCUCCGCAAGCACUGUCUGCGCCCCAUAGAACGCAGGGCUGUGCUCUCAGCACGCUGUGCUGCAGGCAGGGCCACAGCCGGGUCGGUUCCCCUGUGUGCUGUGAGCCCAGACAAACCCACUGGUGCCCAGCCCAGAGCAGAGCCCGUUUGGGGCGGUGACUUCAAACCAACCUUUCCUCAGUUCUUCCCCGGCUCACAUUUAAGGAAACAAUAAAAUUACAGUGCGCUAAGCCUGGGAAAUAUUCUUAAUCCCUUUGUGGUCUUACGCUCCUAAUGAGCACAGCCUUUUCCUUUCACAUUUACUGAAUAAUUUGGGAAAAUAUGACGUUGCUGACCCCAUUCCUUAACCAUCGCUGCGGCACAAAGCGCUGAAGUGACGUUGAUCCAAGCGUUCGGCCCCAAACGCAGCAGCCCCCAAAGGCCGCUCUCUUGUCCAGCUUUGGGCUUUCGCCCCCUGAUGCGGUUUGUGUGAGCAGCAAAAAGUUCACAUCGCACGUGAAUAUUCAGCAAAGACCAGCCGGUAAAAAUGCCGCACGGUGACGCGUUCAGGAAAGGAGAUCUGUGUAAAAUAGUUUGUUUUCUAAAGCAGACGCGUUUUUUCUAGGCGCCCUUUUGAAAAACAGACUCAGAUGUACUGCAGUGUGUGCAAUAAUCUUAAGGGAAUUUUAAAUACCUGCGGGGGGGGUUUUAUAGAAUUUGACUUUUUUUAAACAAAAUGUACAAAAUCCACAGGAAUUCUGUAGGACGGUUCUGUUGAUAGAUUUUUUUAUAUUUUUGUAGAAAUCUAUAGAGAAAUUGUUAAAAGCCUGCGUAGCAUCUUGGGAACAGGAGCAGCUCCAUCUCUGCUUCCCCUUCCAUAACCCUGGAGCCAGACCUGCUGUAGCGCAGCGCAGAGCUGCGUCCAGGCCGCGGUUAUCUGCACUAACGAGGUUUGUGGUAUCGCAGUGCCAUUCCUGUCACUACAUGAACCACCCACCCCCAGAGCUCAGCCCGUGCCGGGGGCACAGCAGUCACGUCGCUAUCAGCUCCUUCAAGCACACCAGCACUUUAUACUGUGGAUUUACUGUAGGCAGACGGGAGGACGGCGUUCUGCCACUGCCAGGCUGACGUGGGAGGAAGCAGAGACUGCGGAUGUGUGUGGAGCACUGCUGAUUCCAGUUUUGCAGCCCCUUGCACAUAGGACUGACUUUUCUAGCUCGGUUCCAGGCUGUUGGUAUUGCAGGUGUUUUGGAGGAGGGUGAAGAAAACGCUGUUUUUGACUUCUGUGGAUUGCACUCAGCACAAGGCGUGUCCAAGGAAAAAGUGUUAUGGUUGUAAAUUAGGCUAAGCCCCAGUCUUCCCUUUUCUGCCCCUCUGGCUCUAAUAACCCAUGUACACUAUUACACCAGGUGACUAGAGUAGGCACGGCACCGUUGCAACGUCCGUAACAACCUAGUGUAUAUGAUAGAACUUUGUAUUUACUAGUUAAUAUAUUGUUAUACUGUAUCAGGUAUAUAGGCCAAGACGAGGUCUGUUGGUCAGGGCAACAAAAGGUGGUAUUCGUGGGCAAAAUCGGGUUCAAAAGUUCCUUUUUACAAAAAGAAAAAAAGACAAAAAAUGAGUGUAAAUCUUUACAA